UCAGAAGAAUAAUUCAUUGCUCAAAAAAGUGUUUUUAUUGAAGAAAUAUGAGAAAAAGAAUAAAAGCAGCUCAACUGCAACGUUUAUAGUUGUUGCAGAUUGAGUGUUACAGAGAUAAUAAGACUGCUGGAUUACGACUGUUUCUUUUUGUUGUUGAUAUGCGACAGUACUAUGCGACUGACUUUGACAGGCCUUUGUUCUUCGUCUUCUUCUUCCCUGCACCAUCAGAUAAAUUUCUAUGCGCUUCUUCUUCUCCGCUCUGCAGCCUCUGCUAACUGCCCCCAACUCUCGAUAACUACCCUCAAGGUCUCGAUAGCCUCUUCUGUGGUUCGACUAUCCUAUUUAUACACAUACAUGACCUCCAAUCUCCUCGGCAAUCUCUCUUUUUUUCUUUCACCACAAUGCACGGUAGUUUCCUCUUUUUCCAUCUUAUUUACGCGGCUUCUGAGUUCAUCCAACGUCUCUAAAUUCUCUCUAAAUCCAGCAGACAAGAUAUUAUUUCCAUCUCAAUCAAAACUUUCCACAAAAAAACCCGUGAACCAACUCCUCCCUGUUUUAACAAACUACCAAAUAUAAAGAAGAUUUCAUGUCCAGUUUUUGAUUCCAACACGUCACUCAUCCUGCCUUGUCGCUUCAACUUCAUCCCAAUCCAUAUGCACGAUUAACUCGCACAAAAUCUCUUCUAAAAAUACAACCAUGCAAUCCCGUAAUAUCUUUAUUAACAUAUAUAUAUGUCAUAUAUGUGUUGUGUGGUCACAACACAUACUUCACGUACAUACACACUGAAGACCAAGCAUAUUAUAGUCCAAGUCUGUUAUAAAGAUCAAGCCUGGUGAAUAGAUGAAGUUUGUUGUAGUCCAAGUCCUCCGGCGUAUAAGAAGAUGUAAUCUGUUGUAACAAGUCUUUUAGAUUUCCAGCAUUAGCGUAUAAUUUGUUUAACUAGGUUUUGAAUCCUUCUUAUGUAAAUCAUAUAAAUACUGAAUGAAUACAGUCUAGUCUACACAAUUUUGUGAGACAGUAAAACAUCCAAACCUAGAAUUCUUGAUGGUAUCAGCUUGAUCCAUCCUAGGACCUAUUCUCUCUUCCGCAAAAUCAAUCUCUGAUUUCUCACAUCAUGGUGACCUCUUCAACUUAAUCUCCACCUGAUAGCCAUGUUCAUCAAAACACAGAAAAUCAAUCUUCAGGAAACCCUAGGACAUUAGAUCCUUACAUCAUUCAUCCCAGUGAUAACCCAACCACUGUUUUAUUCUCUCCUCUGUUGCAAGGUGAUAAUUACGGAUCAUGGGUACGAGGUAUUACCAAGGCUCUGACGAACUAGCUUAUCAAUGCUGGAAGCGUGCUGAUGAUUUGGUUGGAAGUUGGAUCCUCAACUCCUGUCAGCCAGAUAUUCGUGCAAGUUGCUUGUAUGCACCCUCUUCUCAUGCAAUUUGGAAGGAUUUGCAGGUGCGAUUUUGUAUUUCUAAUGCACCUAUUUUAUAUCGUCUGAAAUCUGCAAUUGCUGCUAUUCGACAAGAUUCGAUGUCUGUCUCUUUGUAUUACACAAAGAUCAAGACCCUAUGGGAUCAAUAUGAUUCCCUUAUAGCUGUCACUGAGGUAUGUAUUUGCGGCGCUGGAAAAUCCUUACUCGAGCGUCUUGAGCGUGAUAGAGCUAUGGAGUUCCUCCAGGGCUUACAUGAUGGUUUCUCCAAUCUCAGGAGUCAGAUAUUAUUGAUGGACCCUUUCCCUACUGCCUUGCGCAUAUUCAACAUGGUGCAGCAAGAGGAAGAACAACAACAUAUAACUGCAAGUCCUCUACCCAACAUUGAGUCUGCGGCUCUCAGUACAAACCGCUAUGCUACACAAUCAUCUGCUAAUCGUUCUUCUCCUUCUACAAGCCAUAACAAGUGGAACGACCCCACUGCGAUUACUGUAAUCGCCAUGGACAUGUUCGAGACCGUUGCUACCGUCUUCACGGUUUUCCUGAUCCUUCUGCAUCACAGCCGGUUGCUGCUAACACCGCCAUUGCUGCUCCAGAUCUUCAACUUGCACAUCAUCCGGCGCUACCUACAUUCUCUGCUGAACAAUAUUCACGAUUGUUGGCUCUAAUCAACACUUCCUCUGAGGAUACUACAAUGGAACCGCGUGUCAAUUUUGCUGGACCUGUCAACGAACAAAGUGAUUGGUCAGGGUGAACUUCAUGUGGGUCUGUAUCAGCUACGGGUCUCUGCGUCAUCGCCUAAAGUAUUAUUUAAUAAGACGCAUUCGGCAUUUGGCACUGUCGACUUGGCCAUCCUAGUUUAGAUCGUUUCCGUUCUAUUUGUAAUUCGCAUGAUUAUAUGCACUCCAGUUUUUCUAUUGAUUGCGACGUAUGUCCGUUGGCUAAACAAACUCGAUUAUCUUUUAAUAAAAGUAGUAUUUCUUCUAAA